AAGACCCAAAGACAGCCGAUGUUGUUGGAACUUCACCCAUGCCAGAGACUUUGUGAGCGUGUCGGAGAUCAUCGCAUCAGUCGGCACAUGGUAAAGUUGGACAUUGCCAGCUUCGACGGAUUCUCGUACGAAGUGAUAGCGGAUGUCGAUGUGCUUCGUCCUCCUAUCAUGAACUGGAUUUACUGCCAUAAAGAUAGCGCCUUGGUUAUCAACACAAAGAGGCGUGGAUGGCAAGUCAUAUCCGAGCUCAGUCAACAAAGUGCGGAUCCAGGCAAUCUGGCGCGUAGCAUCGCUCAGAGCCGUGUAUUCGGCCUCUGUUGAGGACAAAGCGACCGUGGGUUGGCGUCUAGAAACCCAGGUCACUGCACAACCGGCGAUGAAGAAGGAAUAUCCCGUGGUUGAAUGCCUGUCGUCUUUGUUCUCCGCCCAAUCAGCAUCGGAAUAACCGAUAAGGCCUGCGCCAGUGGAACCAUCAUAGCAAAGUUGGUAGUUUUUGGUGCCCUGAAGGUACCGGAGUAUGUAUUUUGCCAUGUUCCAAUGAUGUUCUGACGGGUUGCUGUUGAACUUUGAUAGACGGAUGACUGCAUAGGCAAUGUCGGGGCGAGUACCAAGCAUGGCGUAUAGAAGGCUGCCAAUCAGUUGCUGGUAUUGGGUACGACGGUCUUCAUCAACUUCUCCAUCAUGCUUCUCGAGCACGAUGCCGGAAGGCAGGGGAGUACGAGCUUCUUUACACGAAGACAUCCGGAAUCGUUCUAGAACUCCUUCGAUAUAGGAAGCCUGAUCGAUCCAGAUUUUACGCGCUUUGCGAUCACGAACUAUGUUCAGACCAAGGAAAUCCUUUGCAGGACCAAGAUUUGUCAUUUUGAAGCGGUUCGCGAGCAAUGAUUUGAUCCGCGCUAUCUCCGGCAGAUUGUUGCCCAUAAUGAGCAUAUCGUCAACAUACAGCACCAAGAUGAUGACCGUAUCUCCCAUUUGUUGGCGAUAUGUGUAGACACCGGCGUCGGAGUAUGUCCGAGCAAAACCAAGUUCGAGGAGGGCAUUGUGGAUUUUGAUAUUCCACUGACGAGACGCCUGUUUCAACCCAUAGAGUGAUUUACGAAGGCGUGCCACCUUUUCUUUUGGCCAUGACGAGAAACCUUUGGGUAAUUCCGGAAGUUCCAUAUAGAUUUCUUCCUCCAGAUCCCCGUUUAGGAAUGCCGUUUUGACAUCCAUGGCAUGAAUCUCCCAAUCUUCGAGAGCAGCCAGAGCCAUAAGUAUGCGCAAAGAUUCAUAGCGCAAUACUGGCGAGAAGGUCUCAUCAUAGUCAAACCCAUGAACCUGAGUGAAUCCCUUGGCAACAAGUCGUGCUUUGAAAC